AUGAAAGAGGAGAGGAAGAGAAAGUUACUCAAGAUCUUACAAAAGAAAGCUGAUGGCUCUAAACGCAAGCGCACAAAAGAUAACUCUGGCAAGACCGCUGCAACACCUAAAACACAAAGAAUUCAACUAGGCUUGAUGCGUUAUGAUGAGCGCAACAACAAAUACAAAAGGGUUUCCUUGGUCAAAGGAGGUGGCACAAGAAAGGUAGACCUGCCUGUUGACUUUAACGGAGAUGAUGUAAUCAAAUACGCAAUCAAGCAUUUUUUCCCAGAAGAUGAAUUCACUUCAGACGUCAGUUACGAACUGGCUAAUUUUAAGCAAGAGCCAGUGUCCAAACUUGUUGAUACUCGCGGAGAAGUGCACGAUUUUACUAUCCAAAAAUACUGUGAACUGUGCAAGACCCACCAGCUUAACCUAUAUCUUCUCGUGAAAGAAAAUCCUGUCGUAGAAGAUGAAGAAAAUGGAUGA